CACACGUGGUUCCCCAGUUAUCACCCAGGACUACCAAUGCUAUUGGCUCCUGCUGCCGAUUCCAGCGAUACCGGUAACAGUGUGACCUGUCUUGUCACGCCCGGUGAAAGCUGACCUGCCGCCUCUCCAUCUGGAUGUCCCAAAACGGUAAUCCAAGAACUGACGUCGCGCAGCCUCAAUCAGCCAGGAGCUCCUUUCUCCCGGCCUUUACUCGGCUAUUCGACUGGGAAUUUCGGUGGCCAUGGAGGUUCCCCAGUUUCCCCAGGUCGCUAUAUAACAACCCCGGGGGGAGGCGAGUUCCCCCUGCAGAGAAUCUGACUGUGAGCUUUCCUCCAGUUCCGGUCUUCUGCUGAGAGCUCCCCUCCGCCCACCCCUGGUUCAUCAUGCAUAUAUUGGUGGUCAACGAUGAUGGACCGCCCUCGAGGCGUCUCUCGCCCUAUAUCCGACCGUUUGUCGACGCUCUCCAGGAUGCAGGCCAUCUAGUGUCCGUCGCCAUUCCCGCCGCAUCACGCUCAUGGAUCGGCAAAGCACACAUUAUCGGGGCCUCGUUGACCGCGUCCUACGUACCCCCGGAUGCUUUUCGAGACGACGGAUCGUGGGACUCGACAGGGACCGGGACUGGAUCAGCGGAAGACCAGGCAUGGGCCGUCAUCAGCAACGGCACUCCCGCCAGCUGCACUCAGCUGGGACUCUACAAUCUCUUUCCUGACAGGGAUCCUAUCGAUCUCGUCAUCUCCGGCCCCAACCACGGACGCAACGCAUCUACCAUCUACAACCUCUCUUCGGGAACCGUGGGCGGAGCCCUCGAGGCGGCCACGUGUGGGAAGCGCGGUAUUGCCUUGUCGUUCGGCAGUAAGGAAGAGCAGGACGUGGAAGUCAUCCGUGCGGCAUCCCGGCUGUCGGUGCGGCUGAUCGAGCAUCUAUAUCGGCACUGGGACGAUCGGGUCGAACUAUACAACCUCAACAUCCCGAUGCGGUCGGACGUCGAAAGCCGUCCGGUGCGAUACACGCGCGCCUUACCGAAUUACUGGACCAAAGGAAGUCUGUACGCGGAGCUUGUUGCUGACUCGGAAGGGUCCGGCUUGAAUGGAGGACCGAUCAACCAAUCAGCAAAGACCGAUGCAGUCCAGCCUCCGACGACCAAUGGCGGCAACGACGGAGAUCAUAUCAAUGGAAUCAAUGGCAUCAACGGCGUGGAUCGAAUCGAUGGUCUUAACGGUGUGAACGGAGUACACAAGACCAACGGAGUCAGCCGCGUGAAGGAACGCCACUUCCAAUGGUCGGCGGAACUAUCAGACAUAGUUCGCAGUCUCAAGGAGAGUCCAGAAGGAACAGAUGCCCAUACCGUCCUGAACGGCUAUACAAGUGUAACCCCCCUCCGCGCUAAUUUCUUCCACCCGCCCGGUUUCAGCGGUGAAUUGCACCUCGAUAUUUGAAAUAACAUACUCAACGCGAUACGAGAUACCCCCCCAACGGAUGAGAAAAAAGAAUUCUGAUUUUGUCAAUUGUGACGCAAAUGCAAUUUCUGCUGGAUCAAUCAAUCAAUCAAUGGUCAUGGUUCAAUGCCAAUUCUUUUUGUGAUGAUGAACGACUAUGAUAUAUGGUAUAUAUCUAUAUCUACCUAAAUAGACGAGCGAAUGUUAGGCCAGGCUAGGCUAUCUAUUUGUAGGUGGAAUCUAAUCAAGUUAGAGAGGUUGUGGGAUAAUGGUCUUCUUGGCGCUGUUCUAUGGUAGAGUACCAGUAUAUUUUCCCGAUUAUGGAUAUCAUGGAAUAUU